GGAGGCACCCUCCUUGCCCGGCAGCGGUAAAGCCCUGGCCUCUCGAGGGAACGUGGAAACAGAGCCGCUUUUGUUCGCGAACUGCAGCCAGAACCGAUGGGCCGGGGCGGGCCUCCCCGGGAGCAGCCAAAUCCCAGUCAGAUGAGGAGCUCAGCCGGCGGCUUUCCGUCAGCUCCGUGGUCUGUGGUUUCGGGGAAGAAGCUGGGGCUCUAGCUGGGAGCAACAGGAGGUAUGACGCGGAAGCACAAGGUAACUGCCUGUCAUUUUCCUUAGUAGCUGAAGUCUAUAGCUAACUGGUGACUGAAGGUAUGUUUUCUGCUCCGAUGUAAAUGAAGAAAUUGAAAGUGGUAUGAAAUGUAUUACUGGGGAAACUUGCUGUUGUGAGCUACUUAAUUGCUGUCGUGGCUUCGUAAGACCUAAUGAACGCUGGACAUUUCCAUCUUAAGAAAGUCGCAGACUGUUGCGAAGAAUCCCAUUGGCUAGAGGUGAACCCAAAAUUCUUUGUUUUCAUACAAUAAAAGCUUCAUCUCUUUGGCACCUUCUGUUCCUGUAGUGCAGUUCACUAAAAUUUUGCAAAGGAAAUCUAAUUCAGCCCAUGCUAAGAAUGGAGUACCAGCCCCUACUGAGAGGGUCUAGCAUGCGCAGCAAGUUUCCCAGCUGGACCUUAUUUCUGGCUGUUUGCGCUGUGGGAAUUGGAGGGACCUUUCAAUAUGGAUAUAAUGUUUCCAUUAUCAAUGCACCCACCCAGCAUAUUCACAGGUUCUUAAAUGAAACCUGGAUUAGUCGUUAUCGCAUGGAAUUAAGUCCAGAUUUGUUGACUUUUCUUUGGUCUGUCAUUGCUUCUAUAUUUUCACUUGGAGGCCUGUGUGGAGCCCUUAUUGGAGGCAGCAUGGCAAUUCGGCUAGGCAGGAAAGGAGCUCUUUUGAUGAAUAAUAUUAUUGCAGUACUGGCUGCCAUUUUAAUGGGGAUCAGUUUUCCUACUGGUUUGUUUGAGUUACUGAUUGUUGGAAGAUUUUUGAUUGGUAUAAAUUCAGGUAUUGGGAUCUGUGUGCAACCUCUGUAUAUUGGGGAGGUUGCCCCAAAACAUCUUAGAGGUGGCAUGGCCAUGGGUAGUUCCAUCUUUCUGACUGGGGGGAUUCUGACAGGACAAAUAAUUGGUUUGAGGGAAUUAUUAGGUGGAGAAAUGUAUUGGCCUCUUUUGCUAUCCAGCAGCUCUUUUCCAGCAUUUGCCCAACUUUUAUUCCUGCCAUGGUUUCCUGAAAGUCCCAGAUAUCUUCUUAUUGACAGAGGUGAUGAGCUGAGCUGUGCCAAAGCUUUGAAGCGAUUUCAUGGCUCUUUGCAGUAUCAAAGAGAGAUGGAAGACAUACAGCAGGAAUGUUUUGCCUUAGAUGGGGAGAAACCCAGGAAGCCCUGGCAACUAUUCACUGAUCGUGGUGUGAGAUGGCAGCUCAUUACUGUGAUUGUCAUGACUAUGGGCCAGCAGCUCAGUGGGAUAAAUGCUAUUUAUUUCUAUGCAACUUACAUUUUUGAACAAGCUGGGAUCUCAGCAGAAAAAAUCCCGUAUGUGACGCUUGGCACUGGAGCUUGUGAAUGUCUCACAGCCCUCACCUGUGGUUUACUGAUCGACUACGUGGGAAGAAGAUAUCUUAUCAUUGGGGGAUACCUCCUUAUGAUCCUUUGGAGCAUUGUUUUAACAUUCUCUCUGACUUACCAGGAACUGUACUCAUGGGUGCCUUAUGUGAGCAUGACAUCUAUAUUUGCCUUCAUACUGAGCUUUGGGUUGGGACCAGGUGGCAUAACAAAUACCCUGACAGCUGAAUUAUUUAUACAGUCUUCACGUCCUGCUGCUUACAUGAUAGGAGGGACUAUUAGUUGGAUUAGUUUCUUCACAAUUGGAAUGCUCUUUCCCUUUAUAGUGAAAGGACUGAAGCAGUAUUGUUUUCUGGUGUUCUUACUGGAGUGUUCCUUAGUUGCUGCUUUCAUCUUCCUUGUAAUUCCUGAGACAAAAAACAAGUCUUUUCUGGAAAUCAAAAAGGAAUUUCACAAACUUAAUUUUGGAGGAAAAAACAAAGAAAAGGAAACAGAACUUUAUGAAAGAAGACAACUCCAUGAUGAAUUUUAAAUCUGUGUAAUUCCACAGCUGUUAUAAAACUACUUCAAUGAGAAUUAUGAGUGCUGUCCUCUAAAUUAGUGAUGCAAUGUGAUGACCAAGUAGUUUAUUACUUCCUCAUGUAUAUUUAUAGGAAGCUUAAUUAAAAGGCGAGUUAAUCUUUCUGAUACGCUGUUAAAACAGAUACUGAUGAAGUGCUAUUAAAACAUUAUAUACGAAGACUCAAUGUUUAGUUACAACUUGAUGUUGUAAGAAAUGCUGGUGGAGGUUGAUAAAUGAAUCCCACUCUCCCCUGCCUCCAGCAGACUUCGUCAGACAGGCAAUACAAAUCAGUAGCUGUUCUUUUAUUUCUAAUACCCCUCUUCAAAUUCACUUAUCAAGCAUAUGUUAAUGCUUUGCUGAAUAAAGCAUACCUAGUAUUCUGAGGCAUUAGAACCCAAACAUGAGCUUCUGUGAAACUAAUAUUUGAAGAAUUCUAGUCAAUUUAUUAACUUGAGGUAUUUAGUUGCUGUUUUUCAUUUAAAUAAUUUAUUUGAAAGAUUUAAGGAGAUUCCUCCUCUAGUCCUAUUGCUGUAACUGUAAAAAGACACAGGCAUUCUAUAUCAAAGAAGUAAAGGCGGGAGAGCACCUAAGUGAAUUUUUCUUAUAUUAAGUAGUAAUGAUGUUUAUUAUGAAUGUUUGUUUCUUAAAGGGUAAUAAUAAAAGUUUCUGGCACUUGA